AUGGCGGAAAACAAAGGAGGAGGAGGAGGAGGCGGCGGCGGUGGCGGCGGGGAGGGGGCUGGGGAGGCCGGGCCGACGGGGGGUGGUCCCGAGCCUGCCGCUGCGGCGUCGGCUGUUGUUGUCACCUCCGCGGCGGCAAUUGCGUCCCCGUCCCCUCCGGUCCCUACCCAGCCCGAGGAGAGGGAAAGCCCCGCCGCGGUGGCCCUGGCUGCGGCGGCGGACAAGGGCCCAGGGGAGGCGGAGGCCGCGGCGCCGGUUGUAGUAAGCGUAGGCCCCAGCUCCACCUCUACCCCGGCGCCUCUGGGCCCCAGCCCUGCUCCCCCCGCUCUGUCCAGCGCUGCGCCGGGCCCGCUGUCGCUUCUAGACACCUGCGCAGUGUGCGCGCAAAGCCUGCAGAGCCGGGAGGCCGAACCGAAGCUGUUGCCUUGCCUUCAUUCCUUUUGCCGGCGCUGUCUGCCGGAGCCUGAGCGCCAGCUCAGCGUGCCGGUGCCCGGCGGUGCCAACGGGGAUAUUCAGCAGGUUGGUGUGAUCAGAUGCCCAAUUUGUCGCCAGGAAUGCAGGCAAAUAGAUUUGGUAGAUAACUACUUUGUCAAAGAUACAUCUGAAGCACCAAGCAGCUCUGAUGAGAAAUCUGAACAGGUAUGCACCAGUUGUGAUGAUAAUUCUAGUGCUGUUGGGUUCUGUGUGGAAUGUGGAGAAUGGCUUUGCAAAACAUGCAUAGAAGCUCAUCAACGUGUAAAAUUUACAAAGGACCAUAUGAUCAGAAAAAAAGAAGAUGUCUCUUCAGAAGCUGUUGGAGCAUCUGGUCAACGUCCUGUUUUUUGUCCUGUGCACAAACAAGAACAGUUAAAACUUUUCUGUGAAACCUGUGACAGGCUGACGUGCAGAGAUUGUCAGUUAUUGGAACACAAAGAACAUAGGUAUCAGUUUUUGGAAGAAGCAUUUCAGAAUCAAAAAGGUGCUAUUGAGAAUCUCUUAGCAAAACUCCUUGAAAAGAAGAAUUAUGUUAACUUUGCAGCUACUCAAGUACAAAAUAGGAUAAAAGAAGUAAAUGAAACUAACAAACGAGUAGAACAGGAAAUCAAAGUGGCUAUUUUUACCCUCAUUAAUGAAAUCAAUAAAAAGGGAAAAUCUCUCUUACAACAGCUUGAGACUGUGACAAAGGAGAGACAGAUGAAGUUAAUACAACAACAGAAUGAUAUCAGUGGUUUGUCAAGACAGGUGAAGCAUGUGAUGAACUUCACUAAUUGGGCCAUUGCAAGUGGCAGCAGCACUGCAUUGCUCUAUAGCAAGCGACUGAUCACUUUCCAGCUGCGACAUAUUUUAAAAGCACGGUGUGAUCCUGUUCCAGCUGCUAAUGGAGCAAUUCGCUUCCAUUGUGAUCCCACAUUUUGGGCAAAGAAUGUAGUUAACUUAGGUAAUCUUGUUAUUGAAAAUAAGCCAACACAAGGUUACACUCCUAAUGUAGUAGUGGGACAAGUCCCUCCAGGAACAAAUCAUAUCAGCAAACCUCCAGGGCAAAUUAAUCUUGCACAGCUUCGGCUCCAGCACAUGCAACAGCAGGUGUUUGCACAGCAAAAACACCAACAGUUACAGCAGAUGAGGAUGGGGCAGCCUGCAGGGCAAAUCGCUCGCCAGGCAGGUCCACAGAUGCUGCAGCAACAGCCUCCGCGAUUGAUAAGUAUGCAGACCAUGCAGAGGGGUAUGAAUUGCGGUGCUUUCCAAGCUCAUCAGAUGAGAAUGGCUCAGAAUGCAGCUCGUCUCCCAGGGAUACCACGCCACAACGGACCCCAGUAUUCCAUGAUGCAACCACACUUACAAAGACAACAUUCAAACCCAGGACACGCAGGUCCCUUCCCAGUUGUUUCAGUACAUAACAAUGCUAUCAAUCCAACAAGCCCUACAACAGCUACCAUGGCAAAUGCCAAUCGUGGUCCAACAAGCCCAUCCGUAGCAGCAAUAGAGCUUAUUCCAUCUGUAACCAACCCAGAAAAUCUACCUUCCUUGCCAGAUAUUCCUCCCAUACAGCUGGAAGAUGCUGGUUCCAAUAACUUAGAUAAUUUACUAAGUAGAUAUAUCGCAGGCAGCCAUCUACCCCCUCAGCCCAUAAGCAGUAUGAAUCCAUCCCCUGGACCCUCAGCCCUAUCGCCAGGCUCAUCAGGUUUAUCCAAUUCUCAUACUCCUGUGAGGCCACCCAGUACAUCUAGCACAGGCAGUAGAGGCAGCUGUGGUUCAUCAGGCAGAACUGUUGAGAAGAACAAUAUUAGCUUCAAACCUGACCAUGUAAAAGUUAAGCAAGAGCCUGGCACAGAAGAAGAGGUUUGUGGUUUUUCAGGACCUGUGAAGCAAGAAAAAACAGAAGAUGGCAGGAGAAGUGCCUGCAUGCUUAGCAGUCCUGAGAGCAGUUUGACGCCACCACUUUCUACAAGCUUACAUCUGGAAAGUGAGUUAGAAGCACUAGGAAGUAUAGAAAACCAUGUAAAAACUGAACCAAGAGAACUGAACGAAAGCUGUAAACAGUCUGGACAUGGUCUUGUAAAUGGCAAGUCUCCAGUACGUAGCCUCAUGCACCGGUCUCCUAGGGCUGGAGGAGAAGGCAACAAUAAAGAUGAUGAUCCGAAUGAAGACUGGUGUGCUGUGUGCCAAAAUGGGGGAGAUCUAUUAUGUUGUGAAAAGUGCCCUAAAGUUUUCCAUCUGACGUGUCAUGUACCCACUCUCCUCAGCUUUCCAAGUGGAGAAUGGAUAUGUACAUUUUGUCGAGAUCUUCUCAAACCUGAGGUAGAAUAUGAUUGUGAUAAUUUGCAGCACAGUAAGAAGGGGAAAACUGCACAAGGAUUGAGUCCUGUGGACCAAAGGAAAUGUGAGCGCCUCCUACUUUAUCUCUAUUGCCAUGAGCUGAGUAUUGAAUUCCAAGAGCCAGUUCCAGCCUCGAUACCAAACUACUAUAAAAUAAUAAAGAAACCCAUGGAUCUAUCUACAGUAAAGAAAAAACUGCAGAAGAAACAUUCACAACACUAUCAGACGCCUGAAGAUUUUGUGGCAGAUGUUCGGCUGAUCUUCAAGAACUGUGAACGGUUUAAUGAAAUGAUGAAAGUUGUUCAAGUUUAUGCAGAAACACAAGAGAUUAAUUUGAAGGUUGAUUCAGAAGUAGCACAGGCAGGGAAAGCAGUUGCAUUAUACUUUGAAGAUAAACUUACAGAGAUAUACCCAGGCAGGAUCUUCCAGCCUUUACCUGAAUUCGAGCAAGAAGAAGAGGAUGCUGAAAUAACAGAUGACUCAGAUGAAGAUUUUAUACAGCCACGUAGAAAACGCCUAAAAUCAGAUGAAAGGCCGGUGCAUAUAAAGUAAACUGAUUAAAUGGACCCAAACUAUUGUAAAGAAAAAAGUAUUUAAGUGUUCCUGGGAUAUUAUCAUGGCUUUAGCAGCCAUUUUAUUGAAACAGAUAGUGUUCAGACAGUAUUAGAUUACAAAAAGCAUUUGUACAGAAACAUUCUUGUCUAAGGGGGAAAAGCUUUCAACUUCUGUUAUUGCUUUUGCAUUUUGUGUGUGUGUUUUUUAAGUGAUGGAUUUUAUUUUACUUUUUCACUCCUUCAUUUGCAGAGGUUUGAGAUCGUUAACAUUCAUAUAAGAAGCAAGUUUUUAUAUGAUGAUAUUUGUAUGAACAAUGAACUCUUGUCACCACUUAAUAACUAUUUCUGCAGGAUUGGACCAAGACAAGUCAUAUUUCAUUUUCAUACUGGGCUGCAGUUUAAAUUCUAAGCAACCUUUUUCUUAAUGCAACCACAAGUGUGGUUUUUUUUUUUAUUUUUGAGAUUCAACAUCUCAUCUAAGUGAUAAUGCAAGUAUCAUACUCUGUUGGGUCAAAUAGCUAGGUCCCACAGUCUUUUACUAUGUAUAGAAGUAUCAUAACAUCAUCAUUAAAUCAUCCUGAAUUGGAGAAUGGUGGAGUGCGAGUUCUUCAUAUGUGCUUUAUUGACUGGUUACAUUUCAUGCUUUUAAGUAGGAUUCAUGAUACUAAAGGAAGUCCUAUGCACAAUACACUUCAGCACCCUUUUUAUAUUUUGCCUAUUUUUCUCCCCUUGUAAGGCAGGAUGUUGGCUGCAAAACUGGUUAUAUAGAUUUUAGUACUUUCAGAACUAGGGUAUGAUGUUAAUAACUGGUGACUGUCCAGUCUUCCCUACUAACAGUUUCUGAUAGACUGCUAUCAGCAAACUAUAACUUUGUCAACUACCAAAUGUGUAAAAUUUCUUGUAUUCACUCUGUCUUAUUUGUAAAUAAUGGUACUGUAAAUUCUUUCAGGCAGCAACAUUUGCUGGACUGUUUUUAAGCUAAUAUGUAUUCUUACUAAUGUUCCUAAUCAAGAACAGAUUUGUAAUAUGCUCUUUAUUUCUUAAACUGUUCAUAAUUUGAAGUUCUAUGUUAUUUUGUUAGAGCUACUCAGUUUUCUUCAGAAGCAGCUUAAAUGAAAUACUGAAGAGAAUAAUGUGCCCUUUGAGGCCAAGUUACUUGUCCAUCCUUAAAUCUAGAAAAUGGACCAGCAUAUCAGACAGAAAACCUAGGUGAAUAAUAAUAUGCAGUAAUUGUGCAUAAGUAAGCUCUUCACUCUGCCUUGAUAGCAACUUUAAGAGAAGAAAAAUCUGCAUUAUUGUAAUUCAGUGUUGAACAGGUAAAAAUCCUUAUAUGCUUGGCUUAAGUCUGUAUUGAACUAUAAAACUAUUUCAAACCCUUGUAUAGAAUAUUUUAUUUUUAUGCCAGUUUCAAAAAGGCAAACUACACUGAGGUGACCAAAAUAAAAUUUUACUGUGACAUUGAGUGUAAUUCAUUAUGGCCAAUAGUUCACAGUAUAUAAAGAAUUGACCUAUACAGUAGAGUUGAAUAGUUUCUAUUAUACUAUGUAUUCCCAGUGAUUCCCUAAAGAGUUUUGAUUCAAAUGCCUGAGUUCAUUUUCCCUGUACAGACAUACAAAGAGGCAAACAGGAUGAUUCUCUAACAUGAAAAGUGAUUAAAGAUAUUUAUGACUUUAAUCCACUUUCAUAGAUAAUCUUUAACAGUAUAUUCAAAAUAGAAGGAUCCAAGAGAGUCCAGGGAUUUAUUAAGUAUUUUCACAAAAGGUUUUAUUUAACAAAUGAAGUAAUUCUAAAUUGUCUGUUAUAUGCAUAUAUAUUAGCCUAUAUUAUGACCAAAUGAAACUUAGAGAAGAAGUCAAUUCAGAGAGAUUGGAAGAAAGUUUCAUGAUCAUGGCUGUCGUGGCUGUCCUUUCCAUAUAUAAAAGGCAACAUUCUAACUGGGCUGUGUCAUGUUUUCUAUAUAUAGUAUCGCUGAUUAUCCAUUUCUCCAAAUGUAGAGAUGAGAUUAUUCAGCUAGUGAGUUCUUAUAUACAGGUAAUCAGUGUAGCCUAGUUUGAAUUUCACUUUUUAUUUGCAGUUGAGAAUAUGAGGGUGAACAAGAGCUUGUUCUCUCUUAGUGUGUUGACUAUACAACAAGUUCCCACAAAAUAUUAAUCCAUGCACUUAUUAGAAGCAUUAAAUGCAAGAACAAAAUGCUAAAUAUCAGUUGGAUGAAAUAGUACUUCUUAUGCAUACUGCAGUUCUUUGUAUCUCAAUUUAUAAUGGAUCUAUUUGUUACUUAAGUAAAAUAUAUGCAGAUUCCUUUCUGCAAAAGAGAAUUGGUGUUGAGCUAAAUUAGAUUUCUUUUCCAGCCUUGAAACUGCAAUGGAAAAGUAAAUAAUAAUCUAUUCAGAUUUUAGUGUAUUCAAAUUGUAUGAAUGCCUUUUUAUUUUUUGAACAACCAUGAUUUGUGACAUGUUGAUUUGAUCAUCUACUAUCUGAAACAUAAUGGAUAAUAACAUUCUGCAUAGACUCUACAAAUUGCCAGAGUCUGUUCUUGAAGAAUAUAUUCAUAGAUGGAAAAGCUUUGUGGUCUUGAGAUUUUCCCAGUGACGGUAAGAAGUGUACUGCAAAAUAACUGUUCUGCCACCUGCACAGUUGAAGAGAAGCCUGUGUUUGGCAGAUCAUGGAUGCCUGUGCAAUUACUGAGCUAUGCUGGGUUUGAAAACAUACUUUAUAUUGGAGUAUGUCCUUCUUUGUGUAUCUGGUUUCUAGUGGAUAGUGGAGCUUUCCUUGCAUGUGAAAUGGAUUUACCUGGGCUUCAUAAAUUGCAAUGUAACUUGUAUCUGAUGUGGUCCCAAAAUACUCUGUCAUAUAAUUUGACUCUUAAGCUAUGAUUUCAAAUAGUUUUGUUGAAAAAAACAAAUCUCUCUUCCUCAUUGUAUAGGUUCCAAACAUUUAAGUUAAUCCAAAGAAGAAAAAGGCAGUUUGCUUUGAAACAGGAAGGACAACAAGUGUACAGCGUGCUGAUUGUGGACUUCUCAAUUACCUCAGCAGGUCCCCUGCCUUGUAAUUACUAGUGAUUAGUGUUAGUUUAACCAGCUAAGUAUGUUCAGGUCUUACUUAACUGUGCCCUGCAAUUAAGUGUCCUAUCAUAUACUAUUAAGGCUGAUUUACUAUCCAAAAAAGGGUGUUUUUGCCCCUAGCUUUUAAAGUAGAUACUGUAUGCUGUAAAAUGUAGAUAGCCUUUUUCAUGAGAAAAAUUCCCAUUAAUAAUAUUUGAGGUGGCAUUGACUGUCAGCGUACUCAACACUGGAUAGAAAAUGUUUUAUAAACAUUUCUGCAAGCCACUGCAUCAAAGUAGUAUUUUUUAACAAAUCACCCCAAUUUGCCAUUCUGUUGUAUAAUGUAGUUUUAUUAGCCAGUCCUAUUUACGUGAAAGUUAUGGCAACACUAUCUUGAAGUUGAAAAUGUAACGUGCUGGAUGUAGGCUUUCUCUCUUACUUUUUCCAUCUCUUCUUAGCAAAAAGCAAUAAAACUGCUUUGUCUGUUGCCUGUUUAGCAUGGCAGGAAUCCAUUUCCUUUGGGUAGUGGUUUUAUAGGAAGGUUUUUGUAUGUGUAUCACCCAAGUCUAGCUUUUAACAAAUAAAGUGUGCAGUUAUAGUGUGGCAUUUUAUUUUAAAAAUUGGGGAAAGUUAACAUAUUUUUUUAAGAAGUAGGUGUUUCAGUAAAUAAUGGAGGUACUUUUUUAAAAACUUUAUAUGCCACAAUUUACAUAGGCCUAUUUCAAACUAAUUAAUAAGAUUGUGAUUUCGGAUAUGGCUACCACUUCUUUGUUUCAAUGGUGCAUGUGCAGUAACUCCACCCAUUGUAGGUUUUUGUGUCCCCCCCCCCCUUUGGUCAAUUUGCUACUCUACUUUUAAAAUGCAUCCUAAUCAAAAUUGUUUUGAAAACAAGCUAUUUUGAUUUUUAUUUAGUAGCUGAUUGACAAUGAUAAAAUACAGCUUUCUCUUUUCUAUUCAAUUCUUUUCCGUAGGGAGCUGCUGUUUUCUUUUAAAAUGAUCUGUGACUUUGUAUAAACAAAUUCAAAGAAUUUUAUAGAUCUCACACGUUUCAGCAUUCCCCUUAGUGUGAACAUAAAUUUUGAAAUGGAAAGUGAUGCAUGUUAAAGGCCUGCCAAUGUAGGCAUUCAAUUCAAAAUGCCAUUAAACAUGUAUAUAUCAGGUCGAUAAAGAUUUGUGCAAUUGAAAGCCUGUUUUAAUUUUAUAUGUAAACAUACAAAUCAAAGGGUUCAAUUCCCAGUAUUCAUUCUUUCUGGUAAUUAAAACUGGUACUUUUUGCACAUAGUUAACUUUACUGAUUCUUUUUAAAAAGUGCUGUUUCUGUGGUAUUGUAUUCUCUGAAUAAUAUUUAAUUUUUUUUAACAAGUUAACGUUUCUAAUUGUUCAGUUCCUGUGUUUUUUGGCUGGUGUGUAAUAAAGGCAUUUUUCUUUACAU